GGCCAAGUUUGCCGUACAGUACUUGCAUUGCACUGUACGUCCCAUACCUCAACCUAACAAGCUACCUUGCAACCAUCUGACACCCACCCAGAUCACAACUCCAUCAGCAGUGUUUCGUUACUUCUUCCUCACCCCCUCAUCCAUUCCUCUUCUUUUCCAACUAUUCGCCUUGGAAAUCGCAUCUUUCUAGGUCUUGAGGUCCAUUUCUAUCCACAAACAUGACGCGAAGAACUGUCUACGGCAUUGGCCUGGUCUUUGCCAUUGCCUGCACGAUAAUGACCAUUGCAAGCAUCGCGAUACCCCGCUGGGUAUCUUACAGUCCUAACGACAAGCGCCAAUUCUCCAUCGGAUUGCAUAGCCGAUGCUCAACUGUGACAGGCACUUGCACAUCAUACCCGAAACCACGCGACUGCAAAGGCAACUUCUGCCACAUGUGGAGAACCGUCGGCUUCCUCAUCUCUUUCGCUGUCGUCGUCGAGCUCGCAACUCUCGUUUCCUUCGUGGUCAUAAUAGCUGGUGGUGUGCAGCGGAGGACCGCAGGCUGGAAGAUCGCGUCUACAUUGCUCGUCUUGGGAGGCAUCAUUCAAUGCGCGGGUAUGGCCAUCGUGGCAUACCUCUUCGAUAACGACGAGCGCUUCUUUGAGGGCUGGUACCUCGAUCUUUCUUGGACUCUUUGCACCGCUUCGUGGAGCCUUCUAGUCCUCACCUCGCUCGGUAUGGCAGCUAGCGCGCUCUACCUUCCCGCGGAAGGAGACUACGAGGUCAUUCCGGAGUACCCUGAAAUCCAGCAGGAUAACGAACAAUUACAGACUCGAAUCGCCGGAUGGAACGAUGGCUACGGCAGUGGCCGCUCGUACCAAAACGCUCAGGAGUAACCAAUUACCAAACCUUAAUUACUGAGAUCAACGACUGGACGUGCAAUCGAAGACAUGGGACAAAAAUUACCAUUCACGGAGAUGCACGCUUAUAUAUAGAGGGAUUUACACGCAUGGAUUCUCCUUUUCCCGUUCUAAUUACGUCUACUGUCAGCGCUGCGAUUAUUGGAUACACUUGUUGAGCUCUACAGCUUAGCUUAGUAUCUUCUCAUUUCCAUUGGCGGGACUCAGUCGUCGUGUUUAUUUGUUUUCCAGUUCUACAGAUACCCCUCCUGCUUCACUGGGUGGCUGGGCUUUUAUU